AUACGUCCUAUUAAUUUCCCAUACCUCUGCUCUCUUAUUUUCUCAAGCUGAUCAGCAAUAUCGAUCAGAUCACGAUGUCUCCUUCCACCAACUUCCGCCACAGCCUCUUCCUCCUCCUCCUCCUCCUCCUCCUCCUCCUCCUCCUAUUCUCUUCUACGAGUCUCAUCGCGGCCCAACCGUUGUACGACGUCUGCGGCACCACCGGCAAUUUCACCGCUAACAGUACCUACCAAACCAACCUCAAUCGCCUCCUAUCCACCCUCUCCCUCAACGCCUCCACCUCCGGGUUCACCACCACCACCGUCGGCCAAGUUCCCAACCUCGUGAUGGGCCUGGCGCUCUGUCGCGGCGACGUCAACACCACCGAGUGCCGCGGGUGCCUCGACACGGCGUCGCAGGACUCGCAGCAGAUCUGCCCCUUCAACAGGGAGGCCAUCCUCUGGUACGACUUCUGCUUCCUCCGCUUCUCCAACCAGCGAUUCCUCGGCUCCACCAGCAACGACCCGUCAAUCCUCUUGGGCAACACCGCCAACGUCAGUAGCCCGCAACGCUUCAGUCGCCUCCUCAAUUUCUUACUCAAUUCGACCCUCAACAACGCAACCGGGUCGGACACGCGGUUCGCGACGGGUGAGGUUAGCAACUACACGGCGGAGAACCCGACGGUGUACGGGCUGGUGCAGUGUUUGCCGUACUUGUCGGCGUCUCAGUGCCAGCAGUGCGUGCGCGGCCUGUUCGACCCGCUUCCGACGUUCCUGGAGGGGAGGCAGGGGGGACGGGUCCUCGGAGCGGUAUGCACCAUGAGGUACGAGCUCUAUUCCUUCUUCGAGGGCGCACCCACCUUGAGGCUCACGGUCCCGCUGGAAAACGCCACGAGUCCGGCCGCGCCGCCUGCUGCAGCACCUCCGCUCGCUGUCCCUGCCUCCGGACAAGCUGCAGGGAAAAAGAAUGUUACUGGAACUGUUCUAGCGAUUGUGAUACCAUCGGUGACUGCGAUAUCUCUCAUCUUCUUAAUUUGCAUUUGCUACUGGAGGAGGAGGAAGCCGGCACCCCAAUAUGAAACUGAAGCAGAGAAAAUCAUGAGUGUCGAAUCGAUAUUGUUCGAUCUCUCCACACUACAAGUCGCGACAGCCUUCUUCUCUGAAGAUAACAAACUCGGCGAAGGUGGAUUCGGAGCAGUUUACAAGGGGUUUCUUCCAAAUGGACAAGAAAUAGCAGUAAAGAAACUACUGAAUGCGGGUCAGGGACUAGCAGAGCUGAAGAAUGAACUAGUUUUGGUCGCGAAGCUUCAACACCGGAAUCUUGUGAAACUCCUCGGAGUUUGCUUGGAGGAGGAGAAGAUGCUCAUCUACGAAUAUGUUCCUAAUCGAAGUCUCGAUUUACACCUUUUUGAUCCUGAGAGGGGUAAGGAAUUACCUUGGGGAACGAGAUACAAGAUCAUCAAUGGAAUUGCUCAAGGCUUGCUUUACCUCCACGAAGAGUCCCAGAUAAAGAUCAUACAUAGGGAUCUGAAAGCCAGCAAUAUUUUGCUAGAUGCAGAGAUGAACCCCAAAAUCUCAGAUUUCGGCCUAGCCAAACUCUUCGACGGCGACCAGACUCAAGGCACCACCAACCGAGUCAUCGGAACUUUUGGAUACAUGGCACCGGAGUACGCAAUGCAUGGUAAAUUCUCGAUGAAGUCAGACGUGUUCAGCUUCGGUGUCCUGGUUUUGGAGGUUUUGACGGGGAGAAAAAACAGCGGAAGCUAUGAUUCUGAGACCGCGGAAGAUCUUCUAAGCUUCGCGUGGGAGAAGUGGAGUGGAGGAGCUGCGUUGGAGAUUGUAGACCCAGUUCUGGGCGACGAGUACCGAGGCAGCGACGUGCUCCGAUGCCUCCAGAUUGGGUUGCUGUGCGUGCAGGAGAAUCCAUCGGAUCGGCCCAGCAUGAUAACGGUGGACCUGAUGCUGAGUUCUGAAACGGUGUCCGUCCAAACUCCUUCCAAGCCUGCGUUUUGCGGCGCCAAGAGCUUCAAGGACGUGCCGGUCUCCGACAGCUCCGCUUUACCGGUCGGUGCGCUGGAGAAGAGCGGCACUCGAUCCGUGGCCAUGUCGCCCAACGAGGUGUCCAUUUCAGAACUGGAACCCAGAUGAUAAAUUGUCGAUCAGCACUCUUUCCCUUUGCAAGCUAUACUCUACUAGUACCAGUUGAAGCUGAAAGCUAAUAAAAUUCCCCAGCUGCAGAUUAUCGAGUGUAGUGUUUUAGGAUUUUGUAAACGCCAUUUUGUUUUUCUCUUCUCUGUGGAGCAAGAAUCACGAAUCUUUCCACAUAGCUUUCAUUUUUUAUUUUCUCCAUGCAUGUGAAAUUUCUCGCUGAAAUUAAUCAUGGUGUCUGGGAU